AUGGGUUUCCAGCACUACUCCGGCCCCGCCAACAAGUUCCCUGGCAAGGACCAGUGGAAGGACUUCAAGCACAUCUUCGACCUGAACAAGCCCGAGAUGGGCAAGACCGGCAACACCGCCGACGAUAUCAACCACAUCUGGAGCGGAGUCUCCAAGGUUGCCAAGGAGGAGGGCGUUGAGGAGCGCGUCAUCUUCUGUAUCAUCAUGCAGGAGAGCACCGGCAACGUCGGCGUCCGCACCACCACCAACAUGGACGGCCACGGCACUGCUGGUCUCAUGCAGUGCGACGGCAGCCCCGGCUUCCCUGGCAGGCACGGACUUAGCCAGGACGAGAUCACCUCCAUGAUCCGUGCCGGCACCAAGCACUUCAAGGCCAACCUCGCCGAGAACGGCAACAAGCGCGACGCCGAGUGCAUCUACAAGUCCUUCCGCUGCUACAACUCUGGCAGCUGCAACCCCAACAACCUGAGCGACGGCAAGGGUGCCACCAACGACUAUGUCAGCGACAUGGCCAACCGCCUGUGCGGCCGCCUCCCUUACUAG